AUGGCGGAGCCAUCAGAGGAGAUGAAGGAGGUCAUGGCCGCCGAUGACGGUGAUGAGGAGGUCAUCGGUGAGGAGGAGGAAGAGGAACCGGAGAUGGAGGGAGGCGAAGGCAUGGAUGUCUGCCGGCCGCCUGACGAGGAGGACGAGGCUCUGCAGCUGGACCACCAGCUCGACGAAGGCAAGUUCCACGUGGGUGUCAGCUGGGUCCAUCUCUCUGGUUUGAAAGGCAAGCGUGAGCAGUACAACGGAAUGAAAUGCUUGAUCACGUCCUUUGGAGUUCGGAACCCUGCGAUGGUGAAGGUGCGGAGUUGCGACAAGAACGAGGACGGAAAGUACAUCGCCCUCUGGGUGAAACGCAUCAACUGCCGCAACACGGUCCACAAGGAUACUGGUGCCUGGAAAGCCACCCCGAACCCCGAGAACACAGGAGCCACAGGGGCGGCCAGAUGGGUGGCCUUGGGACGACCCGAAGUGGAUGCCAUGCAGGGAAAGCUGAAGUUCCAGAAGACGCCCGAGGAGGAGGCAGAGCGUGCCGAGCUCUUCAAGCUGGUGGACAUAAACCACAAUGGGAUGGUAAGUCUGGCGGAGGUCGACAAGGCCCUUCCAGAAGUCAUGGGAUGCACGGCGCUCUUCAAUGCGAAGCCGGCCAUCAUCCGGGCCUUCCUAGCAGCCACCGGACGUCCUCCAGCCCGGGACGAUCGCGCUGCGUUUCGGGAGCACGAGAAGCACUACGUGAAGCCCGGUGAGCAGUUCCGCCUGUUGUUGCAAUACCUCCAUGAGUUCUUCGAGAUGUACCUCAUCUUCCAGGACAUGGCUGAUGCCGACGAAGAUCGUCGCAUUGAUUGCAAGGAGUUUGCCGAGUUCAUCGCGUCGGGCAAGGCCGAGAAGGUGGGCAUCAAGGUUACUCCGGAAAUGAUGGAGGACAGAUGUGGGGCGACACUUAUGCCUGGCUACUCGCUCUUCAACGAGAUUGAUGAAGAUCAAGGAGGUCAGGCCCUCAUUCAGUAG